AUUAAUUUUAGUCAUCAAUUUUAUUCCGAACUCCGUCAUCUCAAUAUAUAUCUAUGAUACGGAUACGGAGUUCAAUUAUCAGUGAUCGACUUUCUUUUUUGAAGGCCGUUGAUGAGUAUUUAAACAUCUACCUAUCCCAAAGAUAAGUCAAGAUGACACAGCAUGAAGCAGAUUGUUUUGCGAAUUGACUUCAAUCUUAGGACAUGGGUCGCAUACAAAAUUUCAUCUUGGGCAGACGAGUUGACCCCUCUUCACCGCCACCUCAUUUCCUCAAAAUACGAUCUUCGAACUUUUUUAUCAUCUCUACAAUAUGUGUAGCAGUAUUUACAGAUAUCUUUCUUUACGGAAUUAUCGUACCCGUCGUACCUUUCUCACUCACCUCGCGCGCAGGCGUGCCUGAAGCCUCGGUCCAGAGCUGGGUGUCGAUAUUACUUGCAGUUUACGGCGCAGCAUUACUCGCUGGAAGCCCAAUUUCAGGAUGGUAUGCCGACCAUUCGUCAUCGAGGCGUGUACCACUACUAAUAGGCUUGAUCGCAAUGGUUGGUUCCACGGUUAUGCUGUGCCUGGCAAAGUCGGUGGCAUUGCUCGUCUUGGGGCGCAUCUUCGCAGGGUUGAGUGCAUCCAUUGUGUGGACCGUAGGAUUAGCCCUAUUAGUCGACACCGUUGGACAAGCCGAGAUUGGUGAGACGUUGGGUUACGUGAGCUUGAGCAUGAGUCUGGGGAUUCUAGUCGCUCCUUUGCUGGGAGGCGUUGUGUAUGAAAAAGCUGGAUAUUACGCAGUUUUCUACAUGUCUUUUGGAUUAUUGGUCAUGGAUAUUUUUCUUCGUUUGGUAUUGGUAGAGAAAAAACUCGCUCGCCAGUGGCUGGACGAUGAAACGGUCACCGAUGUUGGAACCGGCUCCAACUCCGAAAAUUCGCCUGCGGGUAAUGAGAACACAGCCGACACAAUGUCAAGGAAUGUGAACAAUACUACCACGGACGAGGAGAAGGCAACACAAAGUGAGCCUUCAGGUACUACCGCAGCUACGCCCACUGUUCCCCACAAGAUCAGUAAGUGGCCUGCAAUUUUCUCUCUUCUGAAAUCUAAACGGCUCUGUGCUGCACUGUGGGGUUGUAUAGUUCAAGCAUCUCUCAUGUCAUCAUUUGACAGUGUCAUUCCUCUCUUUGUGCAAGAGACUUUUCACUGGGAUUCCGUUGGUGCAGGAUUGAUCUUUCUAGCUCUCAUGGUACCCAGUUUCGCCGCACCAGUUGUUGGGUGGGUAUGCGAUCAGUACGGCCCACGUUGGCCCUGCGUAGCAGGUUUCUGUUUCGCAAUCCCAUUUUGGGUUCUUCUGCGUCUCGUUACGCAUGAUUCCUUAAACCAGAAAGUUCUUCUUUGCGCAUUACUAGCUCUCAUUGGUGUUUCCUUGACCUGUGUCCUGCCAGGGCUGACGGCCGAGAUUUCCUAUAUUGUUGAAGCAAAGGAGAAACAAAUACCCGGCCGAUUUGGGAAGAACGGAGCAUAUGCACAAGCAUACGGUCUUUUUACCGCCGCUUUUGCAGCUGGUACUCUUAUCGGCCCGAUCUGGGCAGGUUAUGUGAAAGACUAUGCAGGAUGGGGUACCAUGACCUGGUCAUUGGGACUAUUCAGUUUGACCGGCGCUCUCCCAUGUUUAAUCUACACUGGAGGUUUAAUAACCGAGGUCAAUGCCAAAACCGCGGAGGAAAGGGCAGUCAACCCUCAAUCAAGGGCGAUCAGUGGUCCUCUCGCUGCAACAACAGAUGCAGAGGAUAUUGUAUGAGUAGUUUUGUAUCUUGCGAGUAUCUAUUCAUGUACAUGUUUAUACCAAGGAUGUAAAAGGUUGGUCAAAAACUCUAUGUACAUUAUCUCAUCUCUAUCUGUAUCCUUUCUGCUUUAUUAUGUAUAGUACGCAAAUUAAUGACUGCAUGAUUCAUGAAACUAUCGAGAUCUUUGUACUCGUGAAUCAUGAGGUGAUCUGGAGCUCGAAUAAGGAGAGCGGGAUGUUCGCUGGUGAAUUUUUGUGUAUGUGUCGAUGGUUAGAGUUUUAGAGGUAGGACUUACUGGGCUGUGGAUGAAAAGUUCUCAAGUAAAGG